AUGUACUCCAAAAUCGCCGCCAUCACGGCCCUGGUGGCCGCUGUGCGUGCUCAGCAAGCCUGCACGCUUACCCCAGAGACUCAUCCUUCCCUUACAUGGCAGCAGUGCACUGCCGCUGGUGCUUGCACCAAUGUUGACGGCUCCGUCACAAUCGACGCGAAUUGGCGGUAUACCCACGCACUCGAAUCGGGGACGAACUGUUAUUCUGGCAACGAGUGGGAUACCACUCUGUGCCCUGAUGGCGAGACUUGCGCUGCCGCAUGCUGCGUCGACGGCGCCGAAUACGAGUCAACCUACGGUGCCACUGCUAGUGAGAGCUCCCUGAGCCUCAACUUCAUUACCGAAGGCCAAUACAGCACCAACAUUGGAAGCCGUUUCUUCCUCAUGGCCUCUGAGGACGAAUACCAGGGGUUCGAGCUCCUGGGUAAGGAGUUCACUUUUGACGUGGAUGUGUCCAACCUCGGCUGCGGUCUGAACGGCGCGCUCUAUUUCGUUUCUAUGGACUUGGACGGUGGUCUCUCCAAGUACGAUGGCAACGCGGCCGGCGCCAAGUACGGAACGGGCUACUGUGACUCGCAAUGCCCUCGUGAUAUCAAGUUCAUUGACGGAGUUGCCAACGUCGAAGGUUGGGUGCCGUCAUCAAACGAUGUCAACGCCGGGGUUGGUAACCUGGGCUCAUGCUGCGCGGAAAUGGACAUCUGGGAAGCCAACUCGAUUUCCACGGCCUACACUCCGCAUCCCUGCACCAACUCGGCGCAGCACUCGUGCGAUGGCGACGCCUGCGGUGGCACCUACUCCUCGGACCGCUACGCCGGCGACUGCGACCCUGAUGGCUGCGAUUUCAACAGCUAUCGCCAGGGCGACACGACCUUCUAUGGCGAGGGCCUCACUGUCGAUACCUCCUCUCCUAUGACGGUCGUCACCCAAUUCCUGACCGGCUCCGAUGGCGCACUCAGCGAGAUCAAGCGCUUCUACGUCCAGAACGGCGCCGUCAUCCCCAACUCAGAGAGCCAGAUCGCCGGCGUGACUGGAAACUCGAUCACCGAAGAGUACUGCACCGCGCAGAAGUCCGUCUUCGGCGACACCGACGUCUUCGCUGAAAAGGGAGGUCUGGCUCAGAUGGGCGAGGCUCUCGCGUCGCCUAUGGUUUUGGUUAUGAGCUUGUGGGACGACCACUACGCCGACAUGCUCUGGCUUGACUCGACCUACCCUGUCAACAGCACCGCUCUCGGCGCCGCUCGUGGCACUUGCACCGCCGACUCUGGUGACCCGGCUUAUGUCGAGGCCAACGCCGCUAGCAACUCCGUCAAGUUCUCCAACAUCAAGUUCGGACCUAUCAAUUCCACCUUCACCGCCUCAUAA